AAUACCCAUAAUUCCGUCCGCUCGUCAACAGCAACAGCUAGGAUGUUGCGAUAACGGUGGAAGCCAAAGAUUGCUGUGGUUGCAGAGAUUAUACCGCUGGACUGAAACCUCUGUCUACUGUUUUGGUAGAUGUCAGUCUGUGAUUACAUAUUCUCAGCUAUAACUGCGACAGGCGGAGGCUUCAGUCUACUGUCGAUUCGACGCUUGUUUGUGUUGAUGAGAGGCUUCAUCGCGCUAAUGCGUUAGCCAACUAAAAUCAUAGUUUUUUUUAUUUAUUUAUUGUAAAUAGAAGCAAUUAAAUAGCGACACGGUCAGCUAGCUAUGUGGCAACAAACGGUCGCUCCACUUGGCUGAGGAUGGAAAUAUUUUUGCUGGCAACGCUGUCAGACGAGUUACACGUCGGUUACAUCGCACCCGAAGACAUUAUCUUCAGAGGAUAACCUGGAUAACCUUAACGUACACGAAAUGUCAUAGCGCGUAAGUAGCUAGCAUUGAGCUAGCCUAAAAAUGGCUGGACGAGAUGGAGAAGGACCGAAUGUUAUCCCCGUCAGCAGCAGCCGACCGUGAACAGCUGGAUUGAUAGCUAAAGAAAUACUUUCUCCGGAGAUGCUUUAGCCUCCCGGGUGGUGUAAUUCACUUACAUAACAGUUAGUCGCAUCGGCUCUGGCUAUCACUAACUGUCUUGAUCUGGCAAGCAAAUUGGAAAUUUGCCACCAGAAACCUGAGUUCUCACAAUAUUAUAUAUCAUAAAGGCAUCACUACAGGCUCCACAUAGACUCGUUAGGGUUACAGUCUGAGCUGCUUUAUUAUAUAUAUCACUGCAAUAAUUGUGCAUACAAGGACCUACAGCUCAUCUGAAGCCGCAAAUACUCCUGUCAUUUUGACACUAUGAGGAAGUUCUUUGAUUCCCGUCGGGAGUUAGUCAGCUCCGGGCCUGGUUCUGGAGGAGGAGGCAGCAGCUCGGGGUCCAGCCACGCAGGCGGCAAUUUCAUUGGACGAGCAUUUACUGUCGGGCGACACCAAGUCACUGUUGAAGAGAUAAUUGCUGAAGGUGGCUUUGCAAUCGUGUUCCUCGUGAAGACAAACCAAGGGGUUCGUUGUGCUCUGAAGAGGAUGUACGUCAACAACGAACACGAUCUUCAGGUCUGCAAGCGCGAGAUUCAAAUAAUGAAAGAUCUAGUUGGUCACAAGAAUAUUGUUGGUUAUCUGGACUCCAGUAUCACAGCUAUGGGAUCGAGGGACGUAUGGGAGGUGCUUAUACUAAUGGAUUACUGCAAGGGAGGUCAGGUGGUCAACUUGAUGAAUCAGAGGCUGCAGACUGGUUUCACUGAAGCUGAGGUGCUGCAGAUCUUCUGUGACACCUGUGACGCCGUUUCUCGUCUGCACCAACGCAAGACACCUAUCAUCCACAGAGACCUUAAGGUGGAGAACAUCCUCCUGCACGAUAAGGGUCAUUAUGUGCUGUGCGACUUUGGUAGCGCCACUGACAAGUUCCAGAGCCCGCAGACUGAAGGAGUGGCUGCUGUGGAGGAAGAGAUCAAAAAGUACACCACCUUAUCGUAUCGUGCUCCAGAAAUGGUGAACCUCUACAACAAUAAGAUCAUCACCACGAAGGCAGACAUCUGGGCACUGGGCUGUUUGCUGUACAAGCUGUGCUUCUUCACUUUGCCCUUUGGUGAAAGCCAGGUGGCCAUCUGUGAUGGCAGUUUCACUAUUCCAGAUAAUUCCCGUUACUCUUACGAUCUUCACUGCCUCAUUCGGUACACGCUGGAGCCAGAUCCAGACAAGAGACCAGAUAUCUACCAGGUGUCCUAUUUUGCUUUCAAACUAGCUCAGCGGACAUGCCCUGUUCAAAAUGUGAAGAAUUCUCCGAUUCCUUCCAAACUUCCUGAGCCAGUCAAAGCGAGCGAGGCUGCGGCAGCAAAGAAGAGCCAGGCUAAGCCCAGACUGACAGAUCCAAUUCCCACCACUGAAACCUCCAUCACCCCUCGCCAGAGGCCCAAAGCAGUCCACACCCAGCCUGCUGCUGGCAUCUUACCCAUCCAGCCUGCUGCUCUGACCCCUCGCAAGCGGGCUAAUCUCCCUGGUGGUGCAGCACAGCCUGUGGGAGUCAGUUUAGAUCUCUCUCAGCCAGCUGCAGCUCUUCAGUCACAGAAGGCUCAGGCUUCAGCUCUGCCUCUCAUUCAGUCACAAACUAAUUCAAAUCAGGCUGCAGCUCCACAGAAGCAGGCUGUGCAGCCAGCUCCAGCUCCAGCUGCAGAGACAGCAGCACCAGCAGCAGUGGCAUCACCGGUGACCAAAGCUGACAUCCAACCACAAGCACAGCCAACAGUCCAGCAACAGACUACACCCACCUCUGUUGUGAGCUCAACCUCCCAACAAGGAGCACAGACUCCAUCCAGCCCAGCCCCGCCUCAGCGCCCAGCUCGUCGUAAGCAGGCCAGCCUGGCUCAACAGCCAGAGGCGCAGCCUUCCCCCAGCAAGCCUGCAGCAUCUCAGCAGCAGAUAACUCAACCGUCAGCUGCCCAGGCUCAGCCUGGCUCUACUGAGAGCAGCCAAAAACCAGCUGAGACAACCCCACCUGCUACUCCAAAGACAACCGAAGAACAAAGCCACCAACGCACACCAAGUGACGCCACAGCUACCGCUGUUUCUGCAGUUCCAGUGAGCGACUCCUCACAGCAGCCACAGGGAGCUAAUGAAGAAGCAGCUCUCCAUCAAUCACUUCUGUCUCAGCCAAAUCUUAGUGAUGCAGUACAGGACCAAAGUAAAACUGUUCCUGCUUCUGGUGCCGCCACAAACACCCCUACACAGCCAGCGUGGAACCCCUUUGAUGAUGACGACUUCUCCAAUCUCACUGCUGAGGAGUUUAAAAGUGAUGGCAAAAAGGCUAAUGACCUAACCCCAGAUACCGAAGCAACUGCUUCAGAAGAGUUGAUACCAGGCCUUCAGGCCUCAGCUGUUGAUAAUACCCCACAGGAAACUGUUGAAAGACCAACAGCCAUUCUUGAUGUGGAAUCAGGAGCCUCGCUGCUGGCUGUCCCUGAUCCUUUCCAUACCCUCGAGCUGUCAGAUACACCAGAGAAACUGAUUGAAGGACUCAAAUCUCCAGACACGUCUUCACUCAUGCUUCCUGACCUCCUGUCAUUAUCCGAUCCUUUUGGUGGGGCUGUGGAAGAGUCUGCAAAAGAUCCUCUCGCGGUAGACGACUCUCUCCUGGGCUGCUCUCUGAUCUCUGGUCCAUCUGCCCCCCCGGCAGCAAGCAGUGCAACUUCCUCCGUGUCUUCUGCUCCCACCUCUGCUGCCUCUGCUUUGGAUGAUUUCAGCCUAUUGUCUGGAGACUCCACACAGCCUAAAGCAGACUCAUCUCUCCUGAUCUCCGACUUCGAGUCCCAGCAACCCAGCGCAGAGGCUGGUACGGAGGAUGAGUUUGAUCCUAUUCCCGUCACAGGCCGAAAGAAUUCCCAAGUUUCAGGAGGCCACUCGCGCAGUAACAGUGGCGGCUCUGAAUCCAGCCUGCCCAGCUUGGCCCGCUCCCUGCUGCUGGUGGACCAGCUCAUCGACUUGUAGGCACUCUCCCCCCCAUAGAAGCUGUAACACUGGAUUAUAGACUGGCAUAGCAUAACAGCGAUCAACACUGUUGUCAUAGCUAGCUUCCUGCACCCCUUGGCUGUCAUCAGCAUUGUAGUUGCUGCAGUAGAAAUCACCUUUCAGUGCUUUUUUCCAUUCCUGUCCUUUCCACCAUAUCGAUCCAAUCAUCUGGGCUAUCUUCACUUCUCAUCUCUCACCUUCACCAUCAUGUUUUAUCUUGGUUGUAGUCUCCUUGCGUCAUGUAUUGUCCAUUCUGGAAGAGUGGCCAAUACGCAAACGUGUCAUCAUCAUACUUUCUAAAGAUUAACCAUUACACCAUUUCUGUCAAUCAGGAUAUAAUACAGCUGUCCAGUUUGUCUGAACAACACUGCAUUAUUCCUUAUAGCAAACUAUAGAAGAUCAUUGUUGUAAUGUAUAAUAAGCAUAGUUCUAAGUGGUUGUAGUUAUAAUCGUGCGCAAGUGAAUUUGUCGUCGUUUGCCUUUUUAAAUUCUCCUCCCCAGAUUUAUUUGCACAUUUUAAAGAAAAAAAAACAUGCAGAAAAAAAAUUGAGUGACCAUUUAUUCAAAUGAGGUUUAUUCCUGUAAAAGCCAAACUUCUUUGAAACUUAGUCAUGUAGCCUGAUUUGCACAGUUGCAGAAACGUUACCUCUGUCAGAGCUAUAGGAAGAAAUAGCUUAAAAAUUUAAAGCUGCUAUAGAUUAGGCUGAGAAACAUUAAACGGUGUUACAAUCUGGAAACCAGACAGCCAUAACCUCAGUGAAGUGCCAUAAAAUAAUAAUAAUAAAAGGAGCAAACUGCUGGAUUUCUGAAAGCAAAAUGACAACGUCGCCACAAAACUGAAUUUCUAACAAAAUACAGUAUGUCCAACCACGCAGUGAGAGCCAGCACCCGUUCUUUUAUGCUCUUAUUUUGAGCUUCUUCGUCUUUCUCUUUCUUUUUACUUUCGUCCUCAAGGCAAGCAAUAGAUAGGGUUGGAAUUAAAAAUGAUAAAUCAGGGUCAUUUAACUGUGUUAAUAGCAGCGUGCCAUAUCAAUAGUAAUGCAUGACAAUAAUUUGAAAAAUCAGCAGUAAUAGGAUAUAAAGUAGCAGUUAUAUAUAGGCAGAGCAUACAUGACUAUUCAUAUCAUUUCUUGGCACUAACGCAUCAUUUCACAAAUUAUUUUCACAUUAGCAUAUUCAUUCCACAUUGUGCAAUUCCUUCUGCAUUCCUUACGUUUGUUUACUCCUAAUUUGUGUAAAUAGAUAUCUGCAACUCUCUGCAGGCUCCUAUCCAGACCGUAUAUUAUAUGAAGUCAUUGUCAUAAAGCUUUACUUGUGGAAAACAUAUUGCUUUACUUGUGAAAUCUCUCUCUCCCUGUUAAUACAUGUUAAUAUUAUAGCGUGUUAGAGAAUGAAUGUAAGAAAUAAAUAUUAGUCUAUAAUACAAAAUAUAUCUAUGAUUCUUAACACCAUAAUCAUUCAAUAAUAUUGAAGAAUAUAUAUAAAUAUCUCAUUCCUCUUUGUGGAAUUGUGUGUUAAGGAAGUUUUUGUUUUCUUUCUUGGUUCUAUCUACUCAAUAAUUGUCAGUACAUUGAAAAUGUAUAGAUGAUAACCCUAGUCUGUUCAGUCUGAAAGGCCAGGCUGAAUCCUAUGUCUUAUUCUAUCUUCGUGAAAUGAAAGUGAGCCUGUGUUCUGUUUGUUUACAUGAACUGAUGAAGGAUUAUAUUUUUAUUCAGAACAGUCUUCUUCAGAGUGGGAGUUGAUGCGCUUCAUUAGAAACUGUGCUUUUCUUUUUCUUCUCUUUUUUCUUUUUCUUUUUGUUGCUUAGCCGGUUUUAGUGAUCACAGGAUUCAUAUCAAAAAGCAUGGCAGUGUUGUUGAAUGUUAUGUUCAUGUGUGUUGGUAUACAGUGUUAUGAUAAGUAUGUGUGUGUGCGUGGAGUCCGAAUUGUUGGCUGUGUUUUUCCAGUAGCCUGUUUGUGUUGAUGUUUGCUGCAAAUAUGACGACGGUCACGUCUCCUCUGAAAGCACAGGCCCCGACCCCCCCCUUCUAAAUUCUCUCAGGUAGUCAGAGCUACAUCGCUCUCUCCGAGAGCUGGAAAUGUACAGUAUUGGCUUACUGCUCCCUGUCUCGUUAUCCUCUCGAGGUCUGCUCUCCGUAUUGCAGUUAUUGAAUUACAGAUGUGAAACGUGUGAGGGGCUCUGUGAAGUGUGGAGAGGUCUACUCUGCCAGUCUGCCAGUCUUACAGUGAACAUACUGCACUCCUGCUGUAGCUGUGGUUCAAUUAUCAGACAGCGUUGCUGUCAUGAGUUAGAAAGGAUCAGCUCUGUAGUCAGCAAUAUUGAUGUGUCUGUAGGAUCCGAUGAAGAUACUUGCUUCCGUGCACCUUUUACUGGUUAAAAAGUUAUUUUUAAAAGGACACUCUAAAUGUCCUGAUAUGUUUGUGCAAGAUCUAAUACGAAGACCAGAAGUUUCAUGCUAGCAGGUUUAAUUACAUACACUAUAUAGGCUCCUGUGUUAUUUCAGUUUAUCUGUCUCUGCCCCCAAAAUUGGAAGUGUUUUGAGUGCAUCAAAUUUUUGGUCCUCAUAAAUCUGCAGGAAAAAAGAGAUGGAGGAAGCUGAUUUAAAAGCAGGUGUAAUGACUGCAGGUCAGCUUGUGUUUUUGAGCAUCCUCUUUACGAUCCUUCCACUGAACAGCUCAGUCUUUAGCAGUCACUGUUUGAACCUAUGCAACUCCCGAGCUUUCUCCCUGUAGCCGCCAGUGUGCCGUUGAAAUCAGUGAAAUCAGAAAAAGCCAAUCGAGAAGAUUCCUUGAUGUGAAACAGAAGCCCCUCUUUUAUUUUUUUCCUUUUUUUUUGGUCAUUUGUUUGUUUUCUCCUCUGUUGUUUUUGCCAAAAAUGGCCACUGCCCAUUACCUGAUAUUACUGAGUGUUUUGAGACGCCUCCUGUCAUUAGGGCCCAAUCCCGCGUCAGAGCUGUGAUAUUGUGUGCUCCUUCUAUUUUUGUGAGAUAACUAAAGAAUUAUAAAGGGAUGGCAAAUAAAGUACAAAUGUGAAUGUCA